AUUACGAUCUAUAAAAUGAUACCAACAGGACAACGGACAUCAAUCAACACUUCAACGUCCUACGACACCCACAAACCUACAAACAUGUUCUGCAAAAUCUUUGCUGUGAGUGCCGUUUUGGGCGUAGCUAGCGCUGGUCUUUUGGGACACGGUGGCGCCAUUUCCUCUCAGAGCAUCGUGCGCCACGACGAGGGCGGUUACAACUCGUACGUCCACGGCGCGCCUUUCGGGCACUACUCUGGCUCCGUGGCGCACUACGGCGCUCACAUCGCUCCCUUCGCCGCCGCCGCAGGACACUACUCGGGACCUGGCGCUUACUACGGCGGACACGAUGAAUUUGCUUACCCCAGAUACAACUUCGCCUACUCCGUGGCUGACCCCCACACCGGCGAUCACAAGUCCCAGCACGAGAGCCGCGACGGAGACGCCGUGCACGGCUCCUACUCCCUGGUGCAGCCCGACGGCUCCGUGCGCAAGGUCGACUACUCCGCUGACGCGCACCAUGGUUUCAACGCCGUUGUGCACAACUCCGCGCCCACCGUACACCAUGGCUUCGCUCACGGUUACCGCCAUUUACUAGUAAAAAUGUUCAGCAAAAUCGUAGCCAUCAGCGCCCUCCUGGCCGCGGCCAAUGCUGGUCUCUUAGGCCACGGACACGCCGUCUCUUCCCAAAGCAUCGUCCGUCACGAUGAGGCCGUUGUACACGCCGCCCCUGUAGCCCACUACGCCGCCCCCGUCGCCCACUACGCUGCCCCCGUCGCCCACUACGCUGCUCCUGCUGCGCACUAUGACGGUCAUGAUGAAUACGCCCACCCCAAAUACGAUUUCUCCUACUCCGUGGCUGACCCCCACACCGGCGACCACAAGUCCCAGCACGAGAGCCGCGACGGAGACGCCGUGCACGGCUCCUACUCCCUGGUGCAGCCCGACGGCUCCGUGCGCAAGGUCGACUACUCCGCUGACGCGCACCAUGGCUUCAACGCCGUCGUGCACAACUCCGCCCCUGCUGCGCACCCCGCCCCCGCUGUGCACGUCGCUCCCGCUGUACACGCCAUCCCUGUUGUACACGCCGCCCCCGUUGUACACGCUCUCCCCGUGGUUCACGCCGCCCCUGCUCAUGGUUACCAUCACUACUGAAUGACUAAUAAUUAGUUUAAUUAAUUUAUAUAUCGAAAUGUUUGCCUGUCUUGUUAUGUUCAUUUAUGUACAGUAUGUUUUGUAAAUAUAUAAGUGUGAUAAAAUAAAUAAACAGAUCAAAUGUA